AUGGCUGAAGCAAACAGCAACGAGUGCAUGCCGCUUGACUUAAGCAUGAAGGGCGAAGCAACACCAAGUAGAAGCCGUGACCGUACCCAGGACGCUCCAUCUACUUUGGGCGCCUACACAACGAUUUGUGCCGACGCCUUGCGUUACCAGAACAACACGCAGCACCCGCCGAUGACCGACGAGAUUUGCAACAUGGACGGUGUCAUUGACAAGGGCAGCACAUGUUGCCAGCCCCUGGAGUCCAUCGGGAGCAUGGAUAAGGUAAUGGCCAGCACAAGUCGCGCUGGCAUGGAGGAAGCAUCAGCCAAUUUUGAAGACGGCGCCACGUAA